AUGGAUGUGCUGCCAAGGGUGUAUGCUGGGCUGCUCCUCCUGUCCCUGCUCUGCACCACGGGCCUCUGCCAAAGGAACAAAAAUAACCGAUGCGUGUUAUCCCGGGCCAAGAGCUGCACUGAGUGUAUCCGCGUGGACAAGGAAUGCUCCUUCUGCACGGAUGAGAGUUUCAAAGAGACUCGCUGUGAUUUUCGGGAGAAUUUGCUGCGAUACGGCUGUGGGGAGGCCAGUAUUGUGUACAUGAGAGGCGAGAUGAGGACUCUGCAGAAUAUCACUAUCAGCAAGUCCCACAGGAGGGCUGAGGUGGCCCCCCAGAGCAUGUUGAUGCGGCUGCGAGCUGGGGAGGAGAUGAGCUUUGACAUGGAUGUCUUCCAGCCCCUGGAGAGCCCUGUGGAUCUCUACAUCCUCAUGGACUUCUCCUACUCUAUGUCUGAUGAUCUGGACAACCUCAAAAGCAUGGGACAAAAGCUAGCAAAGUUCCUGCAAGCCCUGACCAGCAAUUACACCAUUGGAUUUGGCAAGUUUGUGGACAAAGUCUCAGCCCCUCAGACAGACAUGAGACCUGAGAAGCUGCGUGAGCCCUGGCUCAAUGCUGAUUCCCCCUUCUCCUUCAAGAAUGUCAUCCGCCUGACCAGCAACAUUGAUUACUUCAGCAAGGAGCUCAGGAAAGAACGCAUCUCUGGCAACCUGGAUGCCCCCGAAGGAGGCUUUGAUGCCAUCCUGCAGACAGCAGUUUGCGAGGAUAAGAUCGGCUGGAGGAAGGACAGCACUCACCUGCUUGUGUUUUCCACUGAAUCUGCCUUCCACUAUGAAGCUGAUGGCACCAACGUCCUGGCGGGGAUUCUGAGGAGGAAUGAUGAGCAGUGUCACCUGGAUCCUGAUGGCACCUACAGAUAUGACACCAAGCAGGAUUAUCCUUCAGUGCCAACCUUGGUGCGCCUGUUGGGACAGCACAACAUUAUCCCCAUCUUUGCUGUCACAAACCAUUCCUACAGCUACUAUGAGAAGCUACACAAGUAUUUCCCCAUCUCUGAGAUUGGGGUGCUCCAGGAGGACUCUUCCAACAUUGUGGAGCUGCUUCGCACAGCCUUUGAGCGCAUCCGCUCCAAGAUGGACAUCCGGGCUGACUUUGUUCCCAAAGCCAUGAAGACGGAGUUCACCUCCACCAUGUAUGAAAAGACAGAAUCCGGCUCCUUCCACAUCACCCGAGGCGAAGUAGGCAAGUUCAACAUGCGUGUGAAGGCACUUGAGUAUGUAGGCAGUCAACACGUCUGCAGCCUUCCUGAGAAAGACCGGCAGGGAGUUAUCCACGUGAAACCCACGUCCUUGAGUGACAGCCUCCAAGUCCAAGCCUCUGUCAUCUGUGACAUGUGUCCCUGUGAACAGCAACAGGAGUUAAGCUCGCCCAAGUGCAACUUCAAUGGGGACUUUGCCUGUGGCCAGUGCAUCUGUCACGCGGGCUGGCGAGGGGACGCGUGCGACUGCUCCCCAGCCUCGUCCCUCAACAACGAGGCCUGCAUCCGCCCUGGGGACGUGGAGCCGUGCUCGGGCCGGGGCGAAUGUCUCUGCGGCAAGUGCCAGUGCUACCCCGAAGACCUGAGCCUGCGCUUCGAUGGCGAGUUCUGCCAGUACGAUGUCCUGCAGUGCCCACGCACCUCCGGCUUCCUCUGCAACGAUCGCGGCCGUUGCUCCAAGGGCGCGUGUGUGUGCGAGAGCGGCUGGGAGGGCCCCGGCUGCGAAUGUCCCACCAGCAACGACACCUGCAUUGACAGCAGAGGAGGCCUUUGCAAUAACCAUGGGAGAUGUGAAUGUGGCAGGUGCAUCUGUGACACAGUUUCUCUGUACACCAGCUCCACGUGCGAAAUCAGCUACUCCCUGGGUUUCCAGGCUGUGUGUGAGAGCAUCCGGGACUGUGUCCAGUGCCAGGCCUGGGGAACAGGGAAGAUGAAAGGGAACUGCAGCAGCUGCCACCUCCAGGUCCAGAUGGUGGAAGAGCUGAAGAAAGAGGAAGCCAACGAGCACUGCUCAUUCCAGGACGAGGAGGACGACUGCACAUACCACUACACACUGGAGGGAGAUCCGAGCGUGCUCCCCAACACCACCGUCCAGGUGCAGAAGCAAAAAGAGUGCCCUCCAGGAAGCUUUCUGUGGCUCAUUCCGUUGCUUGUUUUCCUGAUCCUGCUCCUGGGCUUGCUGCUGUUGCUCUGCUGGAAGUUCUGCACCUGCUGCAAGGCUUGCCUGGCGCUGCUUCCCUGCUGUGCACGAGGCCGCACUGUUGGCUUCAAGGAGGACCACUACAUGCUUCGCCAGAGCCUCAUGUCCUCCGACCACCUGGACACCCCCAUGGUGCGCAGCGGGUCCCUCAAGGGCCGAGACACCGUCCGCUGGAAGAUCAACAACAACGUUCACAAGCAGGGCUUCACCUCCCUCGCCGCCACCAACCCCAAGGAGCUCAUUCCCUAUGGGCUGUCCCUGAGGCUGACCCGGCUCUUCACACAGAACCUUCUGAAGCCAGAGAGCCGCGAGUGUGAGCAACUGCGUAAGGAAGUAGAGGACAACCUGCAUGAUAUCUACAAGCACAUUCCUGGCUGCCACAGGGUCCAGCAGACGAAGUUCAGGGUACAGCCCAAUUCUGGAAAACGGCAGGACCACACAAUUGUGGACACUGUGCUCACUGCCCCUCGGUCGGCCAAGUCGGACAUCAUCAAAGUGACAGAAAAGCAUGUUUCCCACGAGGCUUUCAAUGACCUGAAGGUGUCACCAGGCUACUACACCGUGACCUCGGACCAAGAUGCUCAUGGGAUGGUGGAGUUCCAAGAGGCUGUGGAGCUGGUUGAUGUCCGUGUCCCACUCUUCAUCAGGGAUGAUGAUGAUGAUGAGAAGCAGCUGCAGGUGGAGGCUAUUGAUGUCCCCAUUGGCAUCGCAGAGAUUGGACGCAGGCUGGUCAACAUCACCAUCAUCAAAGAACAAGUCAGCAGCCUCAUCACCUUCUUGCAGCCAACCUAUACUCACAGCCGUUUUGACAAAGUGGCAAAGAUCCCUGUUGUUCGGGAGAUCAUAGAUGAUGGGAAAUCCCAAGUCACAUACAGGACCCGAGAUCUCACUGCCAAGGAUGGCAGGGACUAUGUCUUCACAGAGGGUGACCUGGUCUUUCAGCCCGGGGAGACCCGGAAGGAGGUGCAGGUCCCGUUGCUGGAGCUGACCGAGAUAGACACCCUCUUGCACAACCGCCAGCUCAAGCAGUUUGUCAUUGACCUCCUCCACCCAAAGAACGGUGCCAAGAUUGGCCAGUACUCCCAGGCCACAGUGACCAUCGCUGACCCAGAGGUGGUAGAUGGUGUCCCCUCACUGGUUGGCCUAAGUCAAGUCCCCCAGACUCCCAAAGGCCGCCUGAGUGCCCCACUCAACCCCAAUGCCCAGGCUCUCAGCUCCAGGAAAAUCCGCUUCAGCUGGUUUCCUCCUCCAGGAAAACCUCAAGGAUACAAGGUGAAAUACUGGAUCCAAGGGGAUCCUGAGUCGGAAGCUAGGCUCCUCGAUGUCAAACCACCAUCGGCAGAGCUGAGUAACCUCUACCCCUUCUGUGAUUAUGAGAUGCAAGUCUGUGCCUACAACGCCAUGGGUGAAGGGCUCUACUCAGACAUCAUCCACUGCCGCACGCUGGAGGACGUUCCCAGUGAGCCUGGCCGCUUGGCCUUCAACGUCGUGUCCUCCACCGUGACACAGCUGAGCUGGGCUGAGCCUGCAGAAACCAACGGGGAGAUCACGGCUUAUGAAGUCAGCUAUGGACUCGUUAAUGAAGACAACAUACCCAUUGGGCCAAUGAAGAAGGUGCUGGUUGAAGAUCCAAAGAAGCGCAUGGUGCUGAUAGAAAACCUGCGGGAGUCCCAGCCGUAUCGCUACAUGGUGAAGGCUAGAAACGGUGCUGGCUGGGGGCCGGAGAGAGAAGCCACCAUUAACCUUGCUACACAACCCAAGCGCCCGAUGUCCAUCCCCAUCAUCCCUGAUGUCCCCAUCAUUGAUGCUGAGGGAGGUGAGGACUACGACAGCUACCUGAUGUACAGUACAGAUGUGCUUCGGUCUGCAGCUGGCAGCAAGCAUCCCAGUGUCUCCGAUGACUCAGGCUCCCGGUGGAAAUAUGUGCAGUUGUUGGGAGAAGACCUGGAUCUUCGUCGCAUCACCUGGAGGCUCCCACCUGAAACCAUUCCCCGCCUCUCUGGCAGCAGCCACCUCUCCUCAGACACCGAGGGUCUCCUCCGCGAGGAGGACAGUGACGUGGCUACCAGCAGCCUGAUGAGGAGCGGGACCCCUGGGCCCCAAGCAGAGCACUUGCUGAACGGCCGGAUGGAUUUCUCCUUCCCUGGCAGUGGGGGCUCUCUGACCAGGACAACAAACACCCACUACCACCAGAUGAGCUCGCACAUGCAGCAGGAACACAGGGUGAUAGGGAGCUCCUCGCUGACUAGAGACUAUUCUACAAUGCUGAUGGGACACGAUUACCCAGGGAGAUUCCUCCCUCCCAUCCAUGAAGAUGCUAGGAGGACAACCCCACUGUCCCGGAAUUUGGGUUUCAGGAGCAGGGCAAAGGUGAAGGGUUACUACCCCAGCACUGGCUUUCGGGACUCUAUAAUCAUGACCGAUGGGUCCGCAGGGAUUUGCAAGUACAUAGAUUCCAGGAUGCCGCUGGGUGUCCCCGACACUCCCACACGCCUGGUGUUCUCCGCGCUGGGACCCACCUCCCUGAAGGUGAGCUGGCAGGAGCCCCACUGCGAGAAGGAGGUGCAGGGGUACAGCGUGCAGUACCAGCUCCUCAACGGAGGAGAAGUGCACCGGCUCACCAUCCCCAACCCCAGCCAGAACUCGGUGGUGGUGGAGGAUCUGCUGCCCAACCACUCCUACAUCUUCAAGGUGAAGGCCCAGAGCGAGGAAGGCUGGGGCCCUGAGAGAGAAGGCGUCAUCACCAUCGAGUCCCAGGUGGACCCGCAGAGCCCGCUCAGCCCCGUACCAGGUUCACCAUUCACACUGAGCACACCCAGUGCUCCUGGACCUCUGGUUUUCACUGCCCUCAGCCCUGAUUCACUGCAGCUCAGCUGGGAGAGACCCCGCAAGCCCAAUGGGGCCAUCCUGGGCUACAUGAUCACCUGCGAGAUGCUGCACGGAGGAGGGGAGCCCAGGAACAUCUAUGUUGAAGGAGACAACCCAGAAACCACCCUGACUGUGCCUCAACUGAGUGAGAACAUCCCAUACAAGUUCAAAGUGCAAGCCAAGACCACCCAAGGCUUUGGGCCAGAGAGAGAGGGCAUCAUCACUAUUGAAUCUCAGGAUGGAGGCACUUUCUCCCAGUUUGGAGGACAGCAGUACAUGAGAGAGGAAGUGUACAACUUCCCCACCGAAUACACCACCAAAACCAGCAUCAGCCAUUCCUCACUGGAUCCCCACUUCACAGACGGCAUGCUGAUGAUGAGCCAGCGGGUGGAGAGUGCCAGCAGCACCCUCACCAAGCAGGUCACCAAAGAGUUUGUGAGCCGGACUGUGAUGUCCAGCGGGACCCUCACCAAGCAGAUGGAGAGGCAGUUCUACGAGGCUUGAAAGAGGGGAGGCUGCCUGUCAGCAGGAU